AUGACAUCAAUAUUCGAGCCUUUGCGGUUGAUUGGUGAGGAUAUCUACUUGCAUGAACCGUCAGGCAAUGACAGCUCUGGUGGACCAGGAACACUCGCGCCUGCCUUGGUGGUCUUGUGUACCUGGGCUGGGGGUGCGACCCCCCGCCGCAUCAACAAGUACCUCGCCCAGUAUCGCCAGCUUUAUCCAUCCUCGGCUCUUCUUUUAAUCACAACAAGCAUCCCCGAUACUGCUUUUCGGCCUUUCAGAUGGAUCCGACAUCGUCUCAAGCCCGCCCGCCGUGCCAUCCGCCAGGUCUUGGCGUCGGAGCUCCGGGGUACAGAUGACCGACCUGGCAUUUUAUUCCAUUUGUUCUCUCAUGGCGGAUCUAAUAUAGGGGUACAGCUAUCCCUCGCCAUGAGAGAAGAAGCUGAUCAUGGCAUUGCUUUUCUUUCUAGUCUUCGGGGUAUAAUUCUAGACUGCUCCCCUGGAGAUGACGCCUUUGAAAGAUCAUAUCGUGCUGCCCUUCUCUCUGUACCCCAGAACACAAUAGCUCAGUUCGUCAGUGGUACAUUAUUAUACCCCUCACUUUCUGUACUCAAUGGUUUACAGAAUGCUGGGUUCAUUCGCGCAGUGCGAGACCUACGUCUCGCAUUGAACGAUCCAAAUACGUUUGGCACAAAUGCCAAAAGGUUGUAUAUUUAUUCUAAAGAGGACGUUAUGGUGGGUUGGGAAGAUGUCCAAUCUCACUUUGAAGAGGCCAGCUCCCAGGGGUAUACGGCCGAUCAAGUUGUUUUCGAAUCUGGCUCGCAUUGCACGCUCAUGGUAGAAGAUGCAGAUCGAUAUUGGAAAGCUGUCCAGAGGUUCUGGGAGGGUGGGGACUUGUCUGCUUUGAGUUUCAACCCGGCCCCAUCGGGUGCUAUAUCCACCUCCAGAAACCAAUCUCACUCGCGCAGCCGACUCUAA